ACUUACACACGAGCUGAUUAUUUGACAUGUAUGAGUUUGUUAUCGAUUCCUGAAGUGUGUGGACCAGUUAUGUACCAACGGAUCCUGACGCAAGAGUGAAUAACGACCUCAGUAACUUCCAACGUUUAACACUGCUGCGCGCUUUUAAUUGGUAUACAUCACUUAUGAAACUGAUAGUUUAGUGGGCGCACUUGUUCGGUAUUCUUUGUACGUUUUGAAUACUUAACUGGGUGUCAUUAUAAGAUACUUCUGUGCUGCUCUCAGGGGGAUCAGUGAAGAGAGAGAAAAGGGGAUUUGGAAACAUUUUCGUUUUUAAAUGAGGCAGAAAUAUUUUCCGAACAAAAUGUUUUCACAACAGGUUUUUAUCUUGUGUGCCCUAAUACUCACCUUCUCAUCUGCAUCUGACCUAGAAUGUGGACCGAAAGUACAGGUUCUGUGUAGCAUCAAUAAAGCAGAGCCUGAACCAGAUAACUACAAAUGGAGAGUCCCUGCAUGUACUCAUACAUCAUCAGAGAACAAGGAGAUCGGAUUGAAGUAUUCCAAACCGCCGGACAGCUUGAAAGGACUGAGACAGUUUGAAUUGAGGAUAUACAUGAACAAAACCAAAUUGAUUGACGUAGCACUCAAUAAUACCAAUACAGAGACCAAGUGCCGCUUUAAAAAUCUGGAAUCUGCUGAGUACAGCAUCAGGAUUCGACCUAUCAAUCCCAUUAAAUGUGUUUGUAAAUUCCGGGACAUGUGUAAGAUCUGCCAGACCAGGAAACUAGAUGUACAAUUAAAGUCGCUAACAGACGAUAAUAAUACAUUUCACAUGGGUCACACUGUCUCUAAUUAUAAAACUAUGAAGCGCACGUCACCUACUGGUCAAGACGGCGAUAGUACGAAGGACUUCAGUAAGAAGCACGUGUCCCCAACUCUACCAACUGGUACUACCACUACCCACUUGGAAUAUACUGAUUCUUUCCAUGGUCUUCUUUUACGGAAAAAAGAGCUGAAAGACAAACGACCGGGCUGGCACGGGCCAUUAAUGAUUGUACUGCUCAUCCUACUGAUCACCAUUACCGUUGUGUGUGUGAUCUAUUGGCGUCAACGCAAGCGGAUGUCGACCAGCCAGGGUAAGAGCUUGAAACUGUGCCCAAAUCACAUCAUAGAUGGCUUUUGUGAGACAAGUAAAAUGUCCUUGAAAGGAAUUAAAGACAAAGAUGUCUCUAGCCCUGUGUGUGAGAAAAUGGAUGUUUCCUGGACGAAAACGGAGGAGGAAGAUCAGGAUGCUUAUGAUUCUGGUUUUGACAGCAACAAAAAUUGGAGAGAACGUAAUGUGCCUGCUGAUAAAUGCGAUAUGUCAAAACCCGGAAACGACCAAAUCAGCAAUUGUAAUUCACUUUGCGAUGUAUCUGACGGAGCUUUUAUCGCCAAUUCUCUUAUAUGGGCAGACAUGGACAGAUAUAUGUCUGACAGUGUGUGCACUAUACAUUCAUUGUCGAGUGAGAACAAAGGGAGACAAUCAUCUUCAAAACAUUUUAAUUGUAACAAAUAUACUAACCCAGCGAAUAGUAUAGGUAUAAGUUCUCAAAUUACUCGAGUGGACAAAGACAUCAUACAACAACAAAACAUUUGUAAAUAUGGAUAUACAAAUGAAAAUGCAUGUAAAAGCAAACGCAAAUACGGUAAUUCAGGGUUAUUUUGGAAGACUUCUCCGCUGACACUUUUAACCAAAAAAACAAGAAAUUUCCACAAUAAAAUGGAAAUAUCUGAGCAAUCAAGAAUGUUAGAAACGGUAGCAAGUGAACAGCAAAUUGAAUAUCCCAUGUCUCUUUCUCUUAAUUCUGCGGAAUCAGCUAAAACGCUAAACGUUUUUGGAGAAGAAGAAUGGAAAAACAACAAGUAUAGUAACAGACCUUUUAGAAACUCAAAUCAUCUUAAAUAUGAAUAUAACGACGACAUCAACGAUGCAAUAUCUUUGGGUGAAAUCAGUUUAUGAUUAUUAUUAUGCCUGAAUGUGUCAUACACAGACUUUCAAGGCAAAAGGGUAAUUUUAUAUGUCAAACGCUAACAAAAAUUAAGGAUGGAUACUUGAAUUUUCAAAGGUGAUAUUUUUCAUCAAGUCCCUGUGGUCUAGCUAAGGAUGAAAGGCACUCAUAAAUUGUCCAUAAAACAAUGACAUGGAUAUAGACAAUUUUGAUAGGAAUGUAUACCCCCCCCCCCCCC